AUGGCUGACACAAAAGUACAGCCCAAGGAUGAUGUGGGCACAAGAAAGGGGUUUAGUCGCUACAAGUGGGAAUUCAAAGACAGCAAUAAAGAGUUCUGGCUAGGGGGCCACGCCGAGGUCAAGAUCCUGAGUCUCGGCUUCAUGAUCGCUGGACUCAACCUCCUCGAAUCAAUUUCCUCACACCCCCUCCUGAUGCUGGUCCUCACUAUGGAACUGUCCUUUAUUUUUUUCUUCAUGUUCCUUUAUACGUUCGCCAUCAGCAGAUACAUUACUUUCAUCUACUGGCCUAUGACUGACCUCUUGAACGACCUCUGCACCUGUGUGUUCCUCAUAGGCGCCAUAGUCUUUGCUGUGAAGUCUAAAACAGAAUAUCCAAUGACCUUCAUUAUCGCUCUGGUUCUUACGGCAGUUGCUGCAUUUUUCGCUCUCGUCGACUUCUGUCUUCAAAGGAGACACUUCAAAGCCAAGAAGCUCCGAAAGCUCCAUCUGCUUGCUCCAGACAAGUUCGAUUUGCCUGUCGCCCUCCUCAGGUUGCUGCCACAAUAG